UUGUUGCUACUCUCGCUUGUUGCUGACCAAAAAAACAGCGUGGCUGCUCACYGACUGGGACUUCAGAGACCCAGGGUUGAGGUGAAAUGACCCUCCGCCGUUCGCCMUCUUCCACCUGCGCAGAGCCAUGGUCCAAUGGUGCCGGCUUCUGCCAAUCAUCCACAGCGCUCAGCGAGUCCUCGUCCAUCCACAGCGAUGCCCUGUACCACCUGGGCAGAGACAUGUCUGGGAUCGGCAUGAAGCCCAUGCCCUACAACCUCCUGGAGCCCAAUACUUUCAAGGAGGAGCCCUGGGGUGAGGAGUCCCAACAUCUGCUGCAGGUUGUGGAUGUAACUUCCAGCCCUCCAUCCAGCGGUGAAGGUCUUUACUUCUGUGAUGGCCGACGGAAAGUGGACUAUGUUCUGGUUUUUCACCGCAGACAUCACAACUCUAUCCGAUCUCUCGCCGGGGCCGCCAUUCCACAGGAUGAGUUAUCCAUCGUCUCCAAYGGCAACUUCCCUCUAACAGCGGGCUCGAACGUGGUGCCAGGACGAGGAGGGGGUCUUCAGAGGGAAGAGGCAGCGAGUGUCGGAGAGGUGUUCAUGGAACUCGGAAACGCAAGAGGAAAUGAGCCGAUGGAGGCGGCUGCCCAGGAGAUGCAGCUGAUCAGACAGGAGUUUGAGGCCAAUCUGUUGGAGGCUGGUCUGGAAAUAGAGAGAGACAGGGAGGUGAAGACCCAUGGCCCCAGCUUUACUCGAGUCCAUGCACCCUGGCCUGUGUUGUGCAGAGAGGCAGAGUUUCUCAAGAUUAAAGUCCCCACUAAGACGAGUUACGAGCUCAAAGAAGAAAAGGGUUUUGGGUCCAGUAUGAGCACAGUGUGGAGGAAACUGAACCAGCCGUUCCAGCCCAAAGUGUCUCAACAGGACCACGGAAGCACCAAGUUCAUUUCCCACUGCUUCUCCAGGGACAAGCUUCACCUUUACAACAUCACAUCUAAGGAUACAUUCUUUGACAACGCCACAAGAGCCAGAAUAGUGUAUGAAAUUCUGAGACGAACAGUUUGUGUGCGAACCUGUCAAACUAUAGGUAUUAGCACAUUGAUAGCCAAAGGCGUCUAUGACACAGCCUUCCCUCUUCACGAUGGAGACUAUAAGGUCGUUGGACAACCUGAGGAGCGAAAUGACAGACAGGUUCUGCACGAAGAGUGGGCAAGAUACUCUGCCUUCUACAAGUACCAGCCCAUUGAUCUGGUCAGGAAGUACUUCGGAGAGAAGAUUGGCUUGUACUUUGCGUGGCUUGGUGUUUACACUCAACUGCUCAUCUUGGCCUCUAUAGUGGGAAUCAUUGUGUUUGGAUAUGGGGUGGCGACGAUGGAUACUGACAUACCCAGUUUGGAGAUGUGCAACGAUCGUCUCAACUUCACCAUGUGUCCCCUGUGUGACGGGGCGUGCGACUACUGGCAUCUCAGCAACGCCUGCGGCACCGCCAGGGCCUCGCAUCUCUUUGAUAACCCCGCCACAGUCUUCUUCGCCAUCUUCAUGUCCCUGUGGGCUGUGCUGUUCCUGGAGCAGUGGAAGCGUCGGCAGAUAAGUUUGAGUUUCAGCUGGGAUCUGACAGGCAUGGACGAGGACGAGGAACACCCACGACCAAAAUAUGAGACCAUCCUUCUUCAGAAGCGGCAGAAGAAGCAGGAAAAAAAGAAAAAGAAGAAAAAGAAAGGGCCUGAGAAGCAGGAGGACGGGACAGUGACAGGGAAGGACAGAUGGAGACAAAAGCUGCUGUCUGCCAUGGCUGCAGGAGUACCGGCUCAUGAAGACAAGCUGACCUGGAAAGACCGUCUUCCUGGAUACUUCAUGAAUGUUUCUUCUAUUCUUUUUAUGUUUGGACUGACGUUUUCGGCGGUUUUCGGCGUGAUCAUUUACCGCAUCACCAUAUCGGCCCUGAUGGCGAUGAGCCCCGAUCCCGAGACCAAGUCCAACGUUCGUGUGACGGUGACAUCUACUGCGGUCAUCAUCAACCUGGUGGUGAUCCUGAUCCUCGAUGAAAUCUACGGUUCUGUUGCCCUGUGGCUAACGGAGCUAGAGAUACCUAAAACAGAUACCACUUUUGAAGAGCACCUCAUCCUGAAAGCCUUCCUGCUCAAGUUUAUGAACGCAUACGCUCCUAUCUUUUAUGUGGCUUUCUUCAAAGGACGGUUUGCAGGUCGACCUGGCAACUACGUGUACGUCUUUAAUAAUUUUCGCAUGGAGGAGUGUGCUCCAGGAGGCUGCCUCAUCGAGCUGUGCAUUCAGCUCAGCAUCAUCAUGCUGGGCAAGCAGCUGAUCCAGAACAACAUCUUUGAAAUCGGCAUACCGAAGCUGAAGAAGCUGAUACGUGCACUGAAGGAAAAAAAAUCCACAUCGAAGGAAAGCGAUGAGGAGAGACCUCCACAGCAGUGGAACCAGGACUACGCUCUGGUUCCUUUUGAAGGCCUCACACCAGAAUACAUGGAGAUGAUCAUCCAGUUUGGUUUUGUCUCUCUCUUCGUGGCUUCCUUCCCACUGGCCCCUCUCUUCGCCCUGUUGAACAACGUCAUUGAGAUCAGACUGGAUGCCAAGAAGUUGGUUACAGAGUUGCGAAGGCCGGUUGCUGCUCGUGCUAAAGACAUUGGUAUAUGGUACAACAUAUUGAGUGGGAUGGGCAAAUUGUCGGUCAUCAUAAACGCCUUUGUAAUCUCCUUCACAUCGGAUUUUGUUCCUCGGCUCGUCUACCAGUACAUGUUCAGCCCGACGGGCACCAUGCAUGGCUUUAUUGACCACACGCUCUCCUAUUUUAACGUGUCCAACUUUAGGCCUGGCACAGCGCCGCACAGCACGGAGUACGGAAACAUCUCUGUUUGCCGGUAUAAGGAUUACAGGGAACCCCCCUGGUCUCCAGAUGCAUACCAGUUCUCCAAACAGUUCUGGUGUGUCCUCUCUGCAAGACUGGCUUUUGUCAUACUGUUUCAGAACUUGGUUAUGUUCCUGGGCCUCUUGGUUGCUUGGCUGAUCCCAGAUGUUCCCAAAACCAUUGUGGAACAGCUCAAACGGGAAAAGAAGCUCCUAGUCAACCUCUUUUUACAAGAAGAGAAGGAAAAACUACAGCUCAUCCAGAGCCUCUUCGUUAAGGACGCCACCCACCACCCUGACAAGGAAGCACCCAACCAGGGCCAAGGCCUCCUCAUUCCUGGUCGCUACAGUACUCUACCCUUGGGCCCAACGUCUGGCAGCGGAGGAGGAGGCCCAAGGGCAAGGUCUAGAGCUGCCAGCUUCAGCCAGUUCAGUGGAAACACGUCUUCAUUGCCCAGGAAGGACCAUUCAAACUCAAGGCACACAGCAGUGUGACGUGAUGUUUCCAUGUGUGGGGAUGCAUCAGCCAGGCCUCAGGGCGUGUAAUUACCAGGACUAGGCUUGUGCUCAUCUUUACCUGCGUUCUUUGUGUCUCGCAGUAAAUAAGUUGUCACCUGGAGAUUGUAAAACCUGGACAAUUGACUCUCUAAAGGAAUGAGUCUUUUAUGUUCACAUGGUUUAAAUGGAUGUGUGCGUGUUUUCUUCCUGCUUGUGCGACUGUUCACCUAAAAGUGUUGUCAUUUUUACUCUUUGGUAAAACUGAGUUUAGUGAAGCACACACAUUCAUAGCGUAGACAAGCAAUAAUUACCAUAUUAGGGUAAAUAAGUGAAUAUUACAGAAACAUAAAAGAGCUAUGGACUAAGACUGGUUCGAUAAUAAGCACCUACCCAUCACUAACAGACCGUUGGACAUUGUGGUUUACGGUUAGGUCUGUUCUUUCUGUAUUUGUAUUUUCCUGCUUUAUGCUCCUUGUGUAUUUAAAUGUAUUUUUGUUUACAGAUUUUGUAGCUUUUACAAAAUUCCACACUUUCUCUACUCUUUGUAUAAUUCAGGAGUCACUUUGAGCAAUUUUCAGAAUUCAGUUGCGUUGUGACCGAAGAUCCGGCUGCUGGUCRUUUCCUUACUUUUUGCUCUACGUAUUGACAGAUGGAGAACAUGCCAAGUGGCACCCUUGUGGUGCCAUGCACUCCUGUUCAAACUGUAAUAUCAACAAUGUAUGAUCUGUGAAGUUAAAGAAAAACUUUUAUAAGCCAUAAGGACUUUCACAGCUAUCUGCUAACUGUAGAAUAGUCUGCCUAAUAACAGAUAGAUGCUAAGGGAUCGUCAGCUCACAAUGAUCUCACUGUGUUUAUGAUUAAUUAAAGAAAAGUGAAUCAACAUCUAAGGAUUACAUCCCCAAAAAAGAUUUAUUUUAUUUUACAGAACUCUAGCUCUUGAAAGACACAGACUGUUUUUAUUCUGUUAUUCUGUAAAAAAUGUGUAAACUGUUACUGAUUGGUAAUUUCCUUUCUUUUCAUUUAGAUACUGCAGCUUUUUAGGUAAACGUGUUAAACUAGUUAAGUUCCUAAAUACUUACUAAGUAACAUAGCUUUAGAGUGUUAUGUUCAGACUGACAUUUAAGUUCUGGUCAUUUUUUAGGACAGAAAUCUAAGUUCUAAUAAUAAUAAUGCUGUAAUUUAUGAACAGAAAAAUACUUUAAAACAGUGUUGUGGCUUCUUCUCUCUCUGGAGCUUGAUUGACAUGUGGAAGCUAUCAUUUAUCAGUGAACUGUACAAACUAGAAUUUUCUAUGGCUAAGUGUCCUACAAACAAUUAAAGUCAAAGACCCCAGACCUUUUUUAUAGUAAGCCCAUGCAACCUUUCCACAGUAUAAUUCUAAAACCAGAUACUACUGAAUCCAUUUGGUGACAUUGGAUUAAAAAAAUGGGUUCCCGUGCAUUACUAUCUCAUGACCACAAGAUAAUUUUGAGCAGCAAAUUGUCUUUUGCUGAGAAUUACUCCAUGCCUGACCGCAAGUGACUGAAGUAUGUCAUUGUAAUUCAUUCCUAUAUUCCUAGUGACCACAUAUUUACUAUAACGUGGAUACAUAUUUACAUGUCUUGUGGCCGUGUGUAAUCUUGUGCCCGCAUAUUUACUCUUUCUUGAACAUAUAUUACUAUCCGAUGCCCACAUAUUUACCAUCUUGUGGCCACAAGUUAUGUUGUGCCCAUGUACUUACAAUGUCAUGGCCACGUAUUUACCAUCUUAUCUUACCAUCUUAACUUAUUACUAUAUUAAUACCUGGGUGCACCUUUUUUAAUUUAAUGCCACCAACUGGGCCAACAGAUACACCUUGUUUCCAUGAUGAAGCAGCCAGUUUUAUAUACUUAUGAUCACUUUGUGUCCUAGAAACCAAAGCAACCACUAAGUCAUUAGUACCUGUUUUCAUUUAGGCUUUUUUGUUUUAAUCUGAUCACAGAACUGUAAAUCACCGAUUCUAUCGUCAGCCAAGCCUAGAAAUCUUCUUUUCUUAUAUUUAAAUAUGUUACUAAUGUUGAUGGUCACCACCUAGUGCUGCAGCAUGGGKUUUUUUUAUUAGAAAGUUGUACAUAAAUAUUUUUAAUCAACAAUCAGAAAAAGAAUCUAUUUAAAAAAYAUCUGAAGUAGUGUCAAAUGUGUUGUUUUGAUUAAGGAUUUUCUCUCCCUUUUACUAAAUGUGGCCCAUCACAUCAAAUAACUUUAUAUUAACACUUGUUACCAAAUUUGAAAUCUAGUUUUAAGUAGUAAAAUACUUUAUAAUUGUAGUUGUCCACAAAAUAUUGCUGUCACUGAGUAAGAAGCAGUAAAAACUGAACAUUUCUGGUCCACCAUGGGGACAAAACCAGGUAUUAAAUUUACAUUUACAAUUACUUUUAUAAUCUUAGAUUAACUGAACAUGCAUGCUUUUGGACUGUGAGAGAAAAUUUAUACUUCACCAUGAAGGAAAUACAAACUCCACACUGAAAGACCUGAAAAAUCUAGAAAAUAACUUGAAACCUUUUUGCUGGGGUCAACUAUUACCCUAUUUGAUUAAAKGAGAAUAUAAUUUUGUCUGUGCACAUUUGACGAUUCUACAAAUUGCACCUCUUAAUGUAAUUGUAUAUCUACAGCAUUGUGUAAGGCCAGGGAAAAGGUAAGCUAUGGUGUUUUUUUCCAAGUCUUCUAUAAGAAGCAAUAAUACCAAAAAUAACUGCAUUCAUAAAGGAACUCGCCAACAGGACAUAACACAUAUGGUGAUGUACAAUGUGGAGAAAACACGACUAAGCAAUUUAUUUUAUUUUCAUCGGACAACUUAUUACUGCAUGCAUACAUAUAUAAUAUUAAAUUAAAUAUUACAUGUAAAGUAAGAAAAAUUCAAAGAUCUUCAUAAAAAAUCUGCUUUUUGUUUCUGAAAUGGCUCCAUGUUAAACUGGUCCGACUGCCAUUGGUCACUGGUUAAAAAAUUCAAAGCAAAGUGAAAAAAUAAAUACAUAAAUAAUUUGAUUACAUUGAGGCUACAAACAAUUCCAAAAAUGAAGUUAUUGUAGUUGUUCUGUACUUGUUUUUACAGGGUAAGAUAUUUUGAAAAUCAACUACACUAUAUUUUCAUAUAGAAAUUAAGCUGCUCUCUUUCUCAUUAGAAAAUAAACUAUUCAAUUUAAACUAUAGUUUAACCGUAAACAUUGAUUCUUGUGAUGGUGUGGGUCAGUAUGUCUUUCUGAGCUGCUAGAAACUUUUUCAUCAAACAGGUGAGCAGAUUUUUUCUUAAAAUGCCGACACCCUGUAUACCUUUAGCUGUUUUUGAUGCCUUGUAACUGCUUUUUAUUGAAUAGAACAUUUGUCUUAUCAGUCACCAWCUGUUACCUCUAAACUGUAUCAAUUGUGACUUUAGAAAAUUGUAAUGAGAAUAUUUAUACAAGCUUGUUUGUUCACCCUCAAACUUGUGCACAAAUUCCUUAUUACAGAUUUAGAUGUUUA